AUGAACAAAUACACUUUAGAGUUUAAGUACAAAUCCUUUGAAGAGGAAUACUAAUAAUAGAGAAUACAUACAAUCAGUAUACCAGUAUUUAAAUUUGGAUCUGCUUGCAUUUUAGUAGUAGCCACACUCAAACUUAUAACAUUGGUUCUAGAGAAUGAAUUAGAACUGGUGCCAAUUUUAAUUGCUUGCUAAGUUUAUUCUUUAUUGUCUAUUGUUUUUUUACAUUUCAAAAUACACAAAAUAAAUAUAUAGCUAAUAUUGUUGGCAUACAUUUUAGUAGCUUAUGAACUAAUUAUAAAAACUGACACUUCUCCUCAAGCUUUAUCCUUAUAUUAAAGUAAUUUUACAAUGUGUGGUGUUAUUAUUAUACUAAUUUCAGAAUUUAAAGAAUCUUUAGUUAUUAUAAUAUCUACAUUUUUAUUUAAGAUCAUCUAUACUGUGUUAAUGGAAACAUAAAAAUCUUAUCUUAUAUAUAGUUCAACAAUUUUUUUGAUGCUUUUUAUGUGUUUUUUUUCUUAUAAAUUAAAUGCAUUAAAUAGAACAAGUUUCCUUUUAAGUUAGUAUGAUUAUUUAUGGGGUAUUAUUUAAAAUAUUUUUUAGAAAGUGUUUUUCCUAAAAUUGUCGAUAAUCCUUACAUAAUAUUUUCAUUCAGUGAAGAUAAGUUAGAAUUCUUGUUUAAAUCUUCAAGCAAGAUGCCAUUUGAGUGCAAUAAUUCAAAACACUUAAAGAAAUUUUUAAGAGAAUGGAAUUAUAAUUUAGAGUCAUUAGAAAAUACUUUUUAUAAGUUAUACAUUAAUUAAAAUAUUAAUGAAUUCCACUCAAAAAGAAUAGAAAUAACAAAAGAUAAUAAAAAUAAGUAAUUUAUUCAUUAUUCUAUGAUGAAAUCUUUAUCAUCUACUUUUAUAAUAAAGUUUGAUGAUUCUGUAAUAAAAGUUGAUGAUUGUAAGAUUAUUAUGAGAAAGUAAAUAUAAAAUUAAUAAUAAUUGAGAAUGCAAUUAAUUAAAAGUAUUUAUAAAAAUAUAUAAAAAUCAUUAAAUUCUAAAAAUUUAGAUAAUUUAUGUUAAAUAAGAAAUAGUUGUUUCAAGUAAAUAUUGAAUUUUAAGAUACUUUAAUAAAAAUGUAAAGUUUAAUAGUUUGAUAUAAAAAAUUUAUUAUUUUUAAAUGAUUUUUUUGGAUAUAAAUUUAACAGACUGAUAAUAUUAAAUCAAAAAGAUGUGAAAAUAAUAACUAUUGUAAAAUAAUUAAGAAGACUGUUUUUUGAAAUAUUUGAAUCAGCUUAUCAAAAAAGUUCAAUUGAAGUUGUAAUAUUGGAUAGAGCAAUAGUUUCAUAUGAGGGUAAGGAAAUAAAUUAGAAAAAGGAUUCACUAAUAAAAUUAAUUUUUAACACUUUAGUAGAAAAUGUUGAGAAGCAAAACAAUAGAUGGAUAAUUUAAUUAUAUAAAGAACCUUAAGUUAAUUUUACAGAUUAACAUAUUUCUAAAUGA